AAAAACGUUCAAUAAUUACGAGUCUGCUCGUUUUCUCCCUCGAUCUCUUUCGCUCCCUCCAUCCACCGCGACUCGACACGCACAGCCGCGUCCCAGCCCACCUCAAUCCCGCCUCGCCGCCGGCAGCUAAACCCGCAUCCCCGCGAUGCAGAAGACGGCGCAGUCCUGGUUCACCGGCGGCACCGCCUCCCCCAGCACCGCCGCGGAGUCGCAGCCCUCCCUGCUCGCCGACUGGAACUCCUACGCCGCCACCCGCUCGGACGUGUCCUCCUCCUCCCCCCUCCCGUUCGACAUCGAGGCCGCCGUCCGCUCCGCCAACGACACCGUCUCCGGCACCUUCAAUGUGAUGUCCAAGGGCGUGCGGGAGCUGCCGGGGAGCUUCCAGGGCGCCACCAGCAGCUUUCCCUCGGGGAAGGCACUCAUGUACUUCGGGCUCUUCCUCGCCACCGGCAUCUUCUUCGUCUUCAUCGCCUUCACGCUCUUCCUCCCCGUCAUGGUGCUCAUGCCGCAGAAGUUCGCUAUCUGCUUCACGCUUGGCUGUGCUCUCAUCAUCGCGUCGCUCUUCGCGCUCAAAGGUCCCGCCAACCAGCUCGCCCAUAUGACGUCAAAAGAGAGGCUACCGUUUACAGUGGGGUUCACUGGAUGCAUGGUUGGCACGAUAUAUGUCUCUAUGGUGCUUCACAGCUAUUUUCUGUCGGUGAUAUUCUCGAUCCUCCAGGUCCUUGCUCUUGCUUACUACACCAUAUCCUACUUCCCUGGAGGCUCUAGUGGAUUGAAGUUUCUCUCAUCAAGUCUCCUGUCCCCAGUAUCAAGAAUUUUUAGCUCGUAACCCUAGUAGAACAAAUAUGUAUGUGAUGAUCACACCCAUGCCCUUGUAAUUCCUGAAGUAUCUUUUGUAUGUAGUUGCUGAUCGACCGAAAGUAUCUUGUCCCGAUCGACCCAUGAUAGAGAUAUCAGAUACCGUGACCCCUUCCUUCACUCCUUUCCACUGCCAUUUACAGAUGUUAGGCGCGCGUUGGGCGUGGAUCGAAAAAGGUUUGUUGAGCUACUGUAUGUGUUUUGUGCAAAUAAAGUUAUAUUACUGCCUAUUUAUGGGCCAGGGUUA